AUCUCGCACCCUUUCUUCAUUUCUCUUUCUUCUUCCUCUUCUUCUUUCUCUCUCCUAAUUCUCUCUCUCUGUGUCUCUGGUUGAAGAAAGUUGCUAUUUUUUUGGGGGUUUUUCAAUCACAUUCGAAGAAGGAGGCGUAGCAUCGUUUUAUCCCCAAUGAAUCGCUGAAUCGAGGGAUUCGAUUCAGUGGUGAGAGACAUGAGAAGAAGAAGUUGCAUGUUCUAGGUGUGAGAAGCUUCUUCUUCUUCUUCCUCUUUCGUAUUCCUUUUUCUUCAUGGCAGCGAAACGCGUCUACGAAGCAUGGAAAGGAAGUAAUAAAUUCUUUUGUGGAGGAAGGUUGAUAUUUGGACCUGAUGCUAGAUCUCUGCUUGUCACCUUAUUACUGAUUAUUGGUCCAGUUGUCCUCUUUUGUGUAUUUGUAGCAAGGCAUCUUCGGCAUGAAUUUCCUUCAUACGAUAUUGGAUAUGCUAUUUUGGUGCUCGCAGUUCUCUUUAAUAUUUAUGUGCUGAUUCUUCUAUUUCUAACUUCCUCGCGUGAUCCGGGCAUUGUUCCAAGGAAUUCCCAUCCACCAGAAGAAGAGUUUCGUUAUGACUCUUCUGUUGAUAUUGGGGGACGUCAAACGCCGAGCCUUCAGUUCCCUCGAACAAAAGAGAUAAUGGUCAAUGGCCUCCCUGUAAGGGUGAAGUAUUGCGAUACUUGCAUGUUAUAUCGUCCCCCUCGUUGCUCACAUUGCUCCAUUUGCAACAAUUGUGUAGAACGUUUUGAUCACCAUUGCCCCUGGGUGGGCCAAUGCAUUGGACUGAGGAACUACCGUUUCUUCUUUCUGUUUGUGUCUUCCGCAACCAUUCUGUGUAUCUAUGUGUUUUCCUUCUCGGCUUUUUACAUCAAGGUUCUAAUGAAUCAUUACGACGGGACAGUUUGGAAGGCAAUGAAAGAAUCCCCUGCAUCUGUGAUACUAAUGGCAUAUUGUUUUAUCUCUUUAUGGUUUGUUGGUGGACUAACUGGCUUUCAUUUGUACCUUAUUGGCACAAAUCAGACUACCUAUGAAAACUUCCGGUAUAGAGCUGAUAACAGGAUGAAUGUUUACAAUCGGGGUUGUCUUAAUAACUUCCUAGAAGUAUUCUGUACAAAAGUAAGUCCCUCAAGGAACAAUUUCCGGGCUCUCGUUCAAGAGGAGGUACAGAGGCCAACCAUUCAAGUCAUUUCCCGGGACCCCGAACCAGAUUUGAGUGGAGAUCGGCGACCCAAGGUUGAAGAUGAUCUAGAUAUUGGUGAAGACCUAUUAAAGAUAUCACAGCGUCGGAACAUUGAAGAGAUUGUUGAUGAGGAUAUCCGAAGCAGAGGGAGCAAUGGACCCCCUCACAAUACAUCCGAAGUUGAUUCAGCUAUGGGCUCGGAUCGAGCUCCCACAAUUCGAUCUGAGGCAAGGCACUCAAGUUGGGGAAGAAGUGAAAACUGGGAAAUCGCAUCCGAGGUCCUUGCCAAUAAUGCCCCUGAAAGCAGAAGUACUGUUGCUUCAGAGGCACGCCAAUGACCAAACCUUGGGGGUUGCCUGUCUGAUAUUUGCAUAGCAACAACAUAGAUGAUGUGGGGAAUUCUCCUUGACUAGAGCUUACCAUUGUAGGAAUGGAAAUUGAAUUGAAUUCAGGAUAAAAAACUUGUUUCAUCUUUUUGUGGUAAUCUUAGCUCUUUCGGAAGGAAUAGAACUAUAGAAGUGUGUGCAUUGUUUGAGAGAAUGGAAUAGUGUCUUUUUUUUUUCUCUCCUUUUAUUUUUAUUUUUCCCUUUUUACUAUAGUCCAAUAUGUACUCUGCAUCCUUACUUGGGUUUAUUCUUUGUGUAAAUAACCAGUUGUGAUGCUCAAAAGUUUCAUCGUAUAUUGUGAUUAGGCAUUGUAAAAA